AUGGAAACCGAGGUUUUUCAGGAAGUGGCCUCCCAGCAAAUAUUACAGCUUGCUCAAGAGGAAGAAGCGAAAUUAGACAGGGAGAUCCAGAAGCUCGAGACUCUCGACGAGGAUGACUUCGACAAACUUCGGCAGCGUCGUUUGGAGAAGCUAAAAAAAGCGGAGCAGCAGAAGCACAUCUACAAACAACUGGGUCACGGGGAGUAUGCUGAGCUGGCAAGUCAGCAAGAGUUUUUCGAUGCAGCGAAGCACAGUCCCCGCGUAGUCUGUCAUUUCUACCGACCCACGGCCAAGUACUGCCAAGUGGUAGACUUUCACAUGGCACGACUUGCGGCCCGACACAUCGAAACGCGAUUCUGCAAAAUAAAUGCCGAGAAGAGCCCAUAUCUGGUCGAGAAGCUGAAUGUGUACAUGAUGCCCACGAUUGUGUGCAUCAAGGACCAAAAAACGACGCACCACAUCAAGGGAUUGGACGAGCUGGGGGGCACGGACGAGUUCUCCUCAGAUAUGUUCGCCUACGUACUCAGCUCCCACAACGUCUUGAACUAUGAUGGUGGCCGGCCUGACAGCCCCACCCAGGCAGCGAAGAAGAAAGGAGUAAAUUCCAUCCGCAUGGCCAUGACAGGCCCCGGGGGCCUCGCGCCUGGUCGACGGGGAGGAACUAGCUCCAUCCGGGAUGGUCUGACCGAGACGCAGUACGAUAGUGACGGGAGUGCAGAGGACGACGUUUUUUAA